AUGAAGUCGCGCGGCGUCGCCCUCCUCCUCGCCGUCACCAUGUUCCUCGCCGCCGUCUGGAUGCACCCCUGGUGCCUCUUCCUCUUCUCGUCCCGCACCUACACCAUGCAGGGCGUCGUGGACGCUUUCACGAUGGCCGACCACCACCGCUACUUCUUCUUCCAGUCCAUGUCCACCGUCGGCGCGCUCCUCCUCCUCGUCGUGCACGGGCCCGGCGCCCUCUCGGUCGACGAGCAGGACGGUCCGAUCAAGAUCGCGUCCGAGAAGGCGGAGGCUUGA